AUGGCGUACGUGGGCCGCAAAGCCUUCCAAGGCAUCGCGGCGGGCAUUGGCCUGGUCUCAGAGGGGAUCUCUGCGCACAAAGCCAAGAAACAGACACAACAGGCCCAGACAGCAGAGGGAGAAAUUGAUACCGACCGAACGCUAUCCGAAGACAACAGAUCUCCAUUGCAGGGUUCCCAAGAAGAGGGUGUCUAUCUUCACGAGAGGACGGCAAUCGACUCGCUCGAAGAACAGUGGAACCUCGAUGAGGCCCAGACAGAACUGGCGCAUCCAUCGGAGGACCAUGCAAACACCCCCGACCAACGCGACCCACCAGAGGCCAUCGAUGAAGCAGGCCUUGCUCACCAGUUCGCCGAAGAGCACCCGGCACCAACACCCUAUACCCCCAAUGAGGAAGCGCCAACCCCCCGACUUUCCGCGCCCGUUGUCCUGCCCCAGCGCAGACCCAAGAACCGUGAGCGCGGCUUCAUUCGCGCGUAUGCGCAGGAUCUGGACGAAUUCGGCAUCGACGAGGCCAUGUUCCUUGAGUUCCUCGAUACCGCUGAGAAGGCCUGCCAGGGGGCUAAAUGGCUGAAUGCGAUUAACCUGGCGUCCAUCGGGACCAUGUUCAUGCCGUCCGUGUCGGCAAUCGCCGUCUCGAUUGCUGUCCAGAUCACCACUCAGGUGGCCAUUGCUGUUGAUGGGCGCCGGAGGUCAGCAUCCAGGAUUGAUUACAACACCAAGUCCAGGUCCAACACGUUCUUUGAUAAAAUGAAUGCGGAAUUCUUCCAGCCGCGUGGUCUCUUUUGUUUGGUCAUGACAUGGAACCCUGAACUUUCGAAUGCUCUCUCCACGGAGGUUGAUUUGACCUCCACCAUUUCCCAAGCCACCAGCAGGGGUGGCGAUGCGACUUUAGGACGCUUGCAGCACAAAUUCAAGUCGUCGAACGGAAAGGCAUACGGUAACAUCUUUCCGGAGGUUGCGCCAUUGGUGUUUCCCCAGCUCGACCAGCUGGCCUCGGACCAGAGGUCCGAGAACAAGCUCAACAAGGUGAAGAAACAGAAGGAGUUCGUAGCCAGCUACUUGGACAAGAGGGCCCGAGCCAAAUUUGCUGCAGAUAAUCCCACCAGCCACUUGAACCAAGGCCAGACCCCGACCUUCUCAUCGCGAUAUGCCGACCCCAAUCACCCCGCCAGCAGCGGCGACCCUCUUGCCCUGGUGACGGGAGGCCAUGUCCGGCUGCCGAGUUUGCGCCGGGCCUCUACGGGCCAGCCUUCCUCCUCAAACCAACCUGCUCCAUUUGGGCGUUCCAUGGGGCUAAGAGGGAUCAUCGGAAAUGUGAGAGGCAUCAGGGAUACUCGCAAUCCUGAACAGAUGGACCCUCAGGACUCCGGUGACUUGGGCAGGACACAACCCCAACCGCCCCUUCAAGAGCGUAGACAGCUCAUCACUCCGUUUACGCCCCUCGCCAAAUUACGAGAAAAGAAAGUGCUGUACCUGGCCAUUGUCAACAUGCCUUCCGAGGCAGAAAUGAACCAAGCAACCGCGGCCGUGGCACCCGUGGAAGCUUAG